CGUAAAUAUGCCUGAAUAAAAAAGACGGGAAGGACCCUGUUUGCGGCUUCUGUCAGCGGGAAACAUGACUGUAGAGGUGGAGAGAAAAUUUGUAUGCGACGCAGAAGUUACGAGGAAACUACUUGAUAUUGGAGCUAAAUGCAUUGGUCAGCGGCAGUUUCAAGACCAGUAUUUUGACACUCCAGAUUUCAUCCUUACACUGAACAAUUUCUGGUUGAGAUGCCGAGAGGGAAUGUGGGAGCUGAAAUGCCCUACGGUUUGGGGGAGUGGACCAGUGAAUGAAACCGAGACCUUGUGCACACGAUACAAGGAGAUAACUAGUUUUCCUCUGGUUCAGUCAGAGGUCAGGAGAAUAAUCAGAGCGCACACCACAGAAGGGAGUGAAUCAAAUUCCUCACAAAGGGAACAAAUUGACAAAGUCAGAGAAAACGAGGGCACAGACAGCUGUCCAACAGAUGAUAAAAAGUGGCUGAUUGACCUGAAUCUAGUCUGUUUUGCCGAGUACAAGACGGAGCGCUGUUCCUACAAACUAGAAAGAGAAGAAGGGGCAGUGCGUGUGGAUCUGGACAAGGCUGAUUUUGAUUAUUGCGUGGGGGAGAUUGAAGUGCUGGUGCCCGAAGGUGGUGAAGUUAAUACAGCUUUGCAAAGAGUUACAAAGAUUGCUGCCGAACUGGGUUUAAGUAGUGAGAAGAAAGUAAAGGGGAAAAUGGAUGUCUACCUUCAAAGAUAUCAACCUGACCAGUAUGCGAAACUCGUUAGUGCUCAUAUUUUAUGAGAAAAUCACUAAAAACAUACACAGAGGUGUAUUACUGACCAAUUUAAUUAAAGAUGAUCUCUAUUAAAACAAUCUUUCAUGGCAACAUAUAAAGUAGCCUAUAAUAUAAUUCUAAUACUUUAUAGGUUAUGUAAAGAUAAUACAGUAAUUGUCCAUAAUCACAUCCCUUUCAGUUAUGUACAUUUGUGUAUGUGUGUUGGGAACAAACCAAUGACCUCUGCUAGUGCAAUGCUCUACUAAUUGAGCUACAGGAACAGGUUAUAACCCAUUUAUGGUGGCAAUUGCUGUCACCGCUGUAAAAACAACAGUAUGUCCAAUUGGGGAAAAAGAACCAAAUGUAGUCAUCGUUUGGCCAUGUUAACAACGCACCGCGAACACUAGCCAUCAUUGUUAGAGGAGCUGUAAAGCAGGAGAAUUAAUAUGACUACUCUUCAAACAAAGUUUAGUACUGCUGUCCUGUUUGUGAAACUAAUUCCUAUUAUCAGCAGGCCUAGAGCUGUAGUGACCCAUAUUCAGAAAGAGAGUUGUGUUUUGUUAUGUUAUGUAUAGUUAUCCAGCGUUGAAUUAAUUAAUGUAAUGUUUUAAUUAUUUAAUCCAAUUAAAAAUGUAAAGAAAAACAAGAGUCUUUGAGGUUUGUUUGUUUUAGAAGCAUGUCAAGUCUUACUGUUAUGCUUCAAUUCUAUUUUGAUUUGUCUAUUUGAGUUUGGAUUUCUAAACUCUUACCGUGGGUUCAAAAUCACAACAGCCGCGUUUGAGGCAUCAAAUUCGCGUCUAGUUUGCCACUUUAAAAUUUUGAGUUUACUCGCUUCAUUCAUGCAUGAAAGCUGUGCGUCAAAUUCGAGACACUUACGUGGAAAUUCGCAUCAUGGGAGGGGCUUCUGCGACUCUGCUUGCUUUCUGUAAUCACAUCACUACUAGGGCAAAAUAGGGCCAAAGUUCAAAAUUGUCAACUCGCGCGUUUGCCGCUGCAACGCUAAUUCGCCCGAACUAGACAUGCGAAUGAGGCGGAAUCGCAUCUACCACAUCGCUCUAAACCUUCAUUCGCGCAGCGAGACCUCCAUACGCGCAUCAACGCGUCUUUUUACAUUGACUUAACAUUAAAAUUACUCACGCUUGGCGCCUCUAUGCGGGUGGUCUGAACGCAGCAUUAUGGUGCGGUUUCCCGGACAGGGCAUAAAUCUAGUCCAAGACUAAAGGCCAAUUCACACUGGUCCAACUACAACAAACCCCAACAUUCUGAAGUUUUAUUUACUUUUAUCCAACAACUGCCAACAGGGGUUUUACACUGAUUUAACAGACUUCAACAGAUGCGUUUGUUGGAUCAGUGUGAAUUUGCCUUAAAAUGCUAGUUUGAGUUGUCUUAAAGGGGACAAUUUGACUUUUUCCAUGUUUAAAGGAACACGC